AUGCCACUCACUUUGCUCCUUCAUCCUUUUUUUUGUUUAAUUAACUGCCACGACACUCACCAGAAUUUUAUGUUUCCACAUCUUGUUUACUUGUUGUUUUUUAUGAUUUUGGAGUUCGUUGAUUCCUCCACUGUAACUUAUCACCGCGGCACCACUGCCCGACAUAUAACCGUUGAGCGAAGGGAGGAGGAAAAUAGGAACGAAAAAGUACAUCUCAUGGCUUACUUAUGCGCCUUAUUACAUAUUGGUGUUUAUGACUCAUUGGGCUUCGUUCCUCAUUCCUUUCUCUUCUCUUUUUUCUCUCUUCUAGUUUUAAGUGUAGUUUUUUUUUUGUCAUUUAUGUCUCGUUCUGUUUCUUCUUUUCCUUCACGCAACUUCUCACGACUCCUGAGUGAGGUGUGA